AUGGUAUUGGAGAUAACUUUAUAUACUCACUUAGAUGUUGAUGCUGAUAUUGCACAAGGUGAACUUUCCAUGAUUGAUUAUACUGUUAAACAAUUUCAUCUACAAAGUAUUCUGGUUCUUCAGGCUCAGCUAACUAUAAAACUCCAUGCUAUGAUUUUAAAAGCCUUUCAAAUGAGCACAGUU